AGAGAUAGAGAGAGAGAAAGAGAGAGAGACUCUGCAGACACACACACUCUCCCGCACACACACUCAGUUUUUCUGAGCAGCCCAGCUGGCUCUGUACUAACGGGACAAGUUUAAACCUCCGGGAUAUCUGCCGGUUCUUCUCUUUUCCUCUCCCUCCAUGUGAGGCUCUGGACCCGGAGUGAGGUUUACCGCCUGCUAAGAGGAUGAUGAUGACAGUGAUGAUGGGAGGAGGCCACGGCCGAAGGUGCAGCCCCCGCUAGAGUCACACUCUCACCUCCAACUUCCCUCCUCUCUGCUACCAUCCAGUGCUCCUCCCUCCCCCCCGUUCUGGUGCCAUGGCCAACCACCUGGAGUUGAUCCAGGAGCUGCAACAGCUGGACAAGGUGCCAAGUCUAGAGAGGCUGCGGGCGGCCCAGAAGCGGCGAACCCAGCAGCUGAAGAGAUGGGCCGUGUACGAGAAGGAGAUGCAGAACAAGAAGAGGAAGGCCGACAAGAAGGGACGCAACGCCAACAACCUGCAGCAGUCGGAGAGCAAGAGGCGUGUGUCGUUCGCUGCCAGCGUGGCUCUGCUGGAGGCGUCGGCCAGGAAUGACCCAGAUGAAGUGCGUUACCUGCUGAAGAACAAUGUGAGUCCAGACCUCUGCAAUGAAGAUGGUCUUACUGCCCUGCAUCAGUGUUGCAUAGAUAACUACGAGGAGAUGGUGAAGAUCCUGCUGGACCGAGGAGCCAGCGUCAACGCUCAGGACAACGAGUUGUGGACGCCACUGCAUGCUGCUGCUACCUGUGGCCAUGCAGGACUCGUCAAGAUCCUCAUUGCACAUGGUGCAGAUCUUCUGGCAGUUAACUCUGAUGGGAACAUGCCCUACGACCUUUGUGAAGACGACCCAACACUGGACAUCAUUGAGACCGCCAUGGCCAACAGAGGUAUCACCCAAGAGAUGAUCAACGAGACACGGGCAUCGACAGAGAGGAGGAUGCUGGGAGAUAUUCAGGAGCUGCUGCGACUGGGAGAGGAGGUCAACCAACAGGACUCUCUGGGAGCCACACUGCUCCACAUCACAGCAGCAAACGGCUACGUGCAGGCUGCAGAGCUGCUGCUGGAGGGGGGUGCUCGCAUGGACCUCAGAGACUCAGAUGGAUGGCAGCCUCUCCAUGCUGCAGCCUGCUGGGGUCAGAUGCAUGUGGCAGAACUGCUGGUGUCUCAUGGAGCCAGUCUCAAUGCCAAGACCUUCCUGGAAGAGACCCCUAUCGACCUGUGUGAAGACGAGGAGUUCAGAGCCAUCCUGCUCGACCUGAAACACAAACACGACAUCAUUAUGAAGUCGCAACUCAAACACAAGACCUCACUGUGCAGGCGAACGUCCAGUGCAGGGAGUCGUGGAAAAGUUGUGCGGCGAGCCAGCCUGUCUGACAGACACAACCUGUGCCGUAAAGAGUACGAGACGGAGGCCAUCGUGUGGAGGGGAGGGAGGGAGGAGGAGGACGAAAAAGAGAAGGAGUCUGAUCAAGAGAACAAUCUGGUGGCUAACGUCAAGCCGGCCGUAGCUGUGGAGCUGGCAGACAAACCCAAGCUGCCCACCAUCCUCAAAGAUGGCAACGGCAAGCAGAACGGCCUCAUCUCCACGACGACGUCCGUGCCGCCGCCGCAGCAGCAGCAGCAGCAGCAGCUGCAGCAGCAGCUGCAGCCAUCCAACGGCAACACGCCAUCGUCUGAUAAGUCCGGGGUCAUCUCCGCCCAGCCCACCCAGGAGGAAGCCUGGCCGAGAGAGCGUGCUCAGACUCUGUCUGAGCUCAAGAAGCAGAGGGCAGCCGCCAAACUGUUGAAUCACCCUUUGUUUAACGGUCACCUUGGUAACGGCUCCACAGACUCCUUCUCUGAUGCCAAAAUCAACUCAGAUGACCCCCGCAUGCCGCUGGUCUCCUCCAACGGCAGCGCUGUUUACUACACCCCGGCCAGCGGCGACCCGCCCUUGCUCAAACUGAAACAGCCAAUUGAGGAGGAGCCGCCCAAGACGCGGACCUGCUGCUGCGUGUCGUAGCGUCCCGGUCAUGUGACUGUCGAUGGAACAGGAAGUGUUUGCACAGAGAGGAGGGAUGCAGGGAAGGUGCUGCAGGGAGGGAGGAAGGAAAGAUGAAGUUUUCUAUUCUUGAGCGUCCUUUUUUGUCCCUUCCUUUAAACUUCUCCCCGGAGCUUAUGGUCGGCUCCUAAAGGGCGUUUUCCUCUUACCUUCCUUUCAUGUGACCCGUCCCCAAACACAGACACGUUUCAAGUCAAGCAGAGAAGAGGAAAGAAAUGAAACUGUGACACUUUUUCUUCCUGAUGUUCCUUGGAGUAAAGUUCCCUUUUUUAAAUGAGGAGUCUCCGUAUAAGAAAUGCCAAACGGACAAUAAGAGUGCACGAAGCUCUUACUCCGGCUGAGAAUGGAGGUGUGGACAGUUUUUAAACUUUUCACCAGGAGAGAGAAUUUUAAACCAGAAAUGCACAGAAGGUCUCAAGGUACAAGAAGCACGUUCUGCCUUCACAGAUGAAGACAGAAUAGUUAUUUUUUCCUCCCACACAUGGACGGUUAUCAUGUUAUUAAAGAAGAUUUUCCUGCAGGACAAACUCACAUUGUUGUCACACCAUUGUUCAGCGUUUUAGCCAUAUUUUUUUUUCUAUCAUUUUCAGAUGAGCAGGAAUACAGCUCCAGAUGUCUCAAGAUGUUUUUUAUGACAUUUUCAUCUUAAUCUUCAUAUCAGCGACAGCAAAACGUAGCAACAAGAGAUGAGUGACAUCCCUUUUCAUACUGAAAUGCUGCCUGCACAAGCAAAGGGAAGGAACGCCAUAAACAGUGUUAAAAUAUUCAGGAAGUGUACUUGUACAGCGAGAGAUAUCAGCACAGAUUAAAGUAGAGAGCUAGUAUUAUACUUCACCUCACCGUCCUCUCAUGUCGAACCUGAACUGACAGCUCAUGCUCUUUUAUGCAUAACCCACUUAUGUGCUGUGUGGCUAAGAUAAUUUAAGCAAACAUGGUAAAAGAUGAUCAUUUCCUUAUUUAUGAAGUUAAUGUAAUGUAAACAAAGUAUAUUAUGGUUCCUAAAGUUGAGUGUAUUUAUUAUUUGGAUGGUGUGUGGAGAGUGUGAAUGCAAUAUAAGAUGAGCUGGGGAGUUUUCCAGCAAAGCACCUUCUGACAGCGAGAAUCAAACAUUCAACAGAUGAAAUGAAGGAAAGGUUCCUGUCUGCUAAAAUGUUAUUAAAUCACACCAACAAGCCAUCCUACGAUGAGUCCGAGGAUGGUUUCCAGAUCUGUGUCACUACAAAUAACGGCGUUAUCUGUCCAUGUUUUGUUUGGUUCCGUUUUUCUCUUGUGGCCAUUGUGUGGCUCUGUCUUCUUCCAGUCACUGUAUUUGUCUCUUUAACAGAAAUUAUAAAUGUUAUGUAAUGAACUGUAAGUAUAGUAUGAGACUCUAUGCUUGCCACAGUUAUUAUUUUUUUUUAAUAUUAAUCCAUGGAAUGAUCCAUGGAAUUGGUAUGUAGUGAGCCAACGCCAGGUGUCCCUGAAUGCAUCAUGAGUCCAACAGGAAGUAUGACCUUUCCAUCUCCAAAAGCCACAACAAGAAGAAGUUUCUCAGCUCAGUUAAAUCAAAUAUUUGAUCAUUUGGGAAAUAAAUUCAUUCUCUCUCUUGCUGAGCGUUGCAUGAGAAAAUUGAUACCACCGUCAUGUCUAUAUGCUGCAUCUGUAGCGAGCAGCUUGUUAGCCUAGCUUAGCAUAAAGAGAGUAGCCUGGUGGAGUUAACAGCCUUUUUCUUCAAACAAUAACACAUACUGCAGCAUGCAACAUGCAUCAUAGCAUGGCCUCUUGCUGUGCAGAUGACUGUGGGUCAGAACAGCGGAUGAGUCAUGCUGGAUUGACUGCCAUAAAGCAAGACUGGAUGAAGUAUGACAUCCAGACAUUUUAGGCUUUUGACACAGAUUUGUUAUGUCAAACUAAUAUUUUUUGAUACAUGUUUUUUAACUUUACUUACUUUUGCCAUCUCAGUACAUUCGGUUGCUGUAGAGAGCUGUCUGAGUACAGUCCUGCCAGAGGUUUCUGGCUGUUAGAGGGAGGUUCCUCAUUGCCACCGCCACCAAAAGUGUAUUCAAAUGGUGCUUUCUAGACUAAGGUAACUUAUAUAACUUGAUAUGGUUUGGUGCUGUUUGAACAUUUAAUUGAUCUAACCAGAAAAAGCCUCACUGAGAUUAAAAAUCUCUUUUACAAGAGUGCCCUGGUCAAGAUUGGCGGCAGCACAUUCCAGCAAAGUUACAGACGUACAACACAUACCAUUUCAAACACACGCCAACACAUCCUGGAUCACAUAACAGGAAGUCAUCAGUCAAAGCAUCUCCAGCCUGAUCUAUCUUCCUCCAUUUCAGACGCACUCGAAUACAUUUAGAAGACCAGAGAAACUUACACCUGGCUCACCUAAAAGCAAUACUAUCCUUCAGUUUUAAACAUUUACUGAGGCAGGUUGGCUGAACUAAGCCAAUAGCUUUGUAUGUUAUUAAAAAUAUAUAAGUGUGGUUUCAGUCUCUUUACCCAACCCUCUGCAAGAAAGAGAAUCUGUAAUUUCCCCAAAACGUGUAACUCCUUUGAUCGAACAUCUUCUCCUUUAAUCUCUGUGUGAGUGCCAAAGAGUCUUCCACCAUUUUAAACGUAACCUUUAGGGAGAUUUGAAACAUUUGGGGAAGGCUUUCUCUCCCAUUAAGAUCUUUUUUUUCUGACAUGUGAUUACCCACAAUGCAAUUACCACUGUAUCCCUACAACAUCAACUGUACAGUGUCAAAUAUUUGUACAGGUGCGUUUGUAAAUAUGUUUGUAUCAGUAUUCUCUUAUCUGUUCCCAUGAACUGCAUUUACAUGUGUGUGUGUUGUUACCAUGGAGGAUUUUGUAGGAGAUUGCCCACACGAUGAAGAGUGUUGGCGGACGUUUGGUUGUUGAGGGGGUAAAACUGUGAUUCUGUGUAGACCCUUUAAGUAUCUCAGCAGUCUAAAAUCGUUCAGUGAAGUUGAUGCUUCUUGCUUCCAUGAUCACAAUGACCCCCCACCCUUGUGUUGCGGUGACCAAUGUCUGCGUGACUCCUCUGUGUAAAGUUCAGCUAACGUCAGUUUAAAUGUUGCUCACAGAAUUAUGUUUUUAACCCAGUAUGAGGAAGUACAAAUCAAGCCACAGUCAAAGAUAAAGAUAUUUCCCCUUUUUUAGUUCCUUAGGUAAGACAGUGACAUCAUCUUGUUUUGAGUCAGCUGAAAUUCAUUGAAGUUCCUCAAGUUCAUGCCUGUCCUGGCCCUAUACGAUCAAUUACAUUUACAUUUCAGAUCUGCCUUUUUAUGACUUAGAUUUGAUUACAGUGGAUUGUAACUUUUGACUGCUGCCCGGUCAGUAUUAGCCGUAUAGGGACGGUCACCUGUUGAAAAAGUACCUUGUAUCCUCAGAUCUACAGAUCAAAGCUUCUGUUUGUCUGCGAGCCUUGUUGUCUGUAAGGAUAAGGAUAAAGACAAAAAACUACUGAUUUUGUAAUUACUGGAAUAUAUUGAUGGUUGCAUUAACAUAUUUUGAAUAAAUUGUAUAUUUUGAGAAUUUUA